GGGGGCAGGGACGCCGCCGCCGCCGCGCUGCACGGACCAGCGGCGCCGCGAGAGGCGCCUCCCGAUCUCCGUCCCGGUCCCGGCUUCGACCCCCCGGCCCCGGUCCCGGCCCCGGUCCCGGCGAGCGCGGGGCAGGACGGCCGCCGGCAGCGCGCUCGGCGCCCCGGGCAGCGCUCCGCAGCGCGCCCCGGACGGCGGGGCGGCGGACACGGGGCACCAUGAUGACCAGCUACCCGGACGGCGAGGAGGACGCGGUGGCGCUGCUGGCUCAUGACACCAGCGGCAGCAAGGAGCCGGAGCGGGGCAAGGAGGAGCUGAGCGCCGACAAGGGCCCCGAGAAGCCGGACCCCUCGCAGAAGCCCCCCUACUCCUACGUGGCCCUGAUCGCUAUGGCCAUCCGGGAGAGCGCGGAGAAAAGGCUCACGCUGUCCGGGAUCUACCAGUACAUCAUCAGCAAGUUCCCUUUCUACGAGAAGAACAAGAAGGGCUGGCAGAACAGCAUCCGCCACAACCUCAGCCUCAACGAGUGCUUCAUAAAGGUGCCCCGGGAGGGCGGCGGCGAGCGCAAGGGCAACUACUGGACCCUGGACCCCGCCUGCGAGGACAUGUUCGAGAAGGGCAACUACCGCAGGAGGCGAAGGAUGAAGCGGCCCUUCCGGCCGCCCCCGACCCACUUCCAGCCCGGCAAGACCCUCUUCAGCCCCGACAGCUACGGCUACCUCUCCCCGCCCAAGUACUUGCAGUCCACCUUCAUGAACAACUCGUGGCCGCUGGCGCAGCCCCCCGCGCCCAUGCCCUACACCUCUUGCCAGAUGUCUGGCGGGAACGUCAGCCCCGUCAAUGUGAAAGGACUCUCGGGCCCGGCGUCCUACAGCCCCUAUUCGCGGGUGCAGAGCAUGGCGCUGCCCAGCAUGGUGAACUCCUACAACGGCAUGGGCCACCACCACCACCCGCACGCCCACCACCCCCAGCAGCUCAGCCCGGCCAGCCCCGCGCCGCCCGCGGCCCCGGCGGCGAACGGAGCCGGCCUCCAGUUCGCCUGCGCCCGCCAGCCCGCCGAGCUGUCCAUGAUGCACUGUUCCUACUGGGAGCACGACAGCAAACACAGCGCCCUGCACUCCCGCAUAGACAUCUAGGGAGGCUCUGGCCGGCCGCCGCCACAGAAAUGCCCUUACCCCGACCCCGCUACCCAUCUCCGGUCCCGCCGCGUUCUCCUGCGCUCCCGUGUCCCUCCUCCUCCUCCUCCUCCCUAGCUGCGGACUUGGUUCUCUCUGUGCCCAAACUGUUGCGGUGGGGAAAUAGCAGCCCUGCUCCGCGUGUAGCGUAGCAGUGUAGGAGCCGUGCUGCGGUGAGGAGAAGGCAGUGGAAAUGUGGGAGCUGCCCCAGCGGGGCUGCGCCGGGGUGGCCGGGCCGGCUGCCUCCUCCAGGCGAGCUCGGAUUUACCGCCCGUUUCUCUGCUCAUGUGUUUGUUCGUUUG